GUCCGGGGCGAGGGACCCUGUGCGAGGGGCUCGAGGCAAGAUGGCUCUGGAACUGAUGAGCCACCUGAAAGCCCGGCUUCAGCAAGUCCACUCUGAGCAGUUGAAGCUCUGCAAGGCGGAGGAGCAGAAGACUCUGAAGAAGACUCUGAAAGCCAAUGCAGGUCUGCGCAAGACCAAGUCUGAAGCGGCUGAUCUGGUGGCGUCAGCGACCCACAAGCUUCUUACCUAG